CCAUCUUCAAAACACCACAACUCAUAUCCAAUCAAACCAAUUACCACAGACUUAAUUUCAACCUCUACCAGAAUUGAACUUCACCGUCUAUCAACAUCAAAAGACACCUUCGAUUCCAGAGAAACACUCUUCACACUCGACGCCUUGAACAGAUCCUAGCCAUGCCGAACAAGAAAAAGUCAAAGUCUCGUCGCAAUGAUCCUCCUCCACCACCAAAGACGGUCGAUUGCGAAGUUUGUCAACAGCCUAUCAUCAUUCCGAAGACCUGUAGACACGGCAAGAAACUCAUCAAUUGCCAGGGCACCGGCUGCUCCACCGCCCACAUCGGCGCACACGAAAACGUAUGUCCAGGUGGCUUGGGGCAAAUGAUAGUCCGCCAAGGGCUGUUUCCCAUGACGUUUCAGCAAGUGCGCGAACUAGACUACGAUCGAGCACAGAGAGACCUGAUGCUCGCUAUGUGCAUUCGGAAGGCAAUCAAAAGCAUUGAGAGGGACCGAGGCAAGGAGAUGAAGUACUUGAAUGGGAUGCCAAAAGCGGAAUUCCUGGAACAUCUGCCGGGCCUUCUCUUAGCGGACAAAGACAAAAUCAUGAAGUACUUGGACGCCAUUCAGGUCGGAGUGUUGAGCGUUGAAACUUCCGGGUUUUAUGAUGAUGAGGAAAGUGACACAGAGGAAGAAAAGUGUCUAACACCCACGGAAGAUGAAUGAGGGCGCGCAGCACGUGCAGCAAGGAUGCAGGGUGUGUUUCGCUUAUUGGAAUGUACUUUUAGGCCUUUGGAUGUAAUCUACGAUCAUGAGAGAGCGUGGCCUCUUUUGGUGACAAACUGCAAAAUCGCUUCAGCUCGCUCAUGCUACCUCAUCUCAGUAUUUCAAUGUCAGUUGAUAAGACCAUCUUAGCACAAACGAUCAAUCGAGGAGUGAUAUCAUCCAUCAUACAAACAAAAAACAAAAACAAAAACUUUGCCAUGAACCCUGUCGUAUAGGGGUCAUGGUAAGUGAAAGCCGGGUUCGCAGACUUUUUCCGAUCGAGUUGUCGUCGAGGUUUCGGGUUCGUGGGAUCGUCGUGUUCGAGUCGAGAUCUUAACGCCUUCUAGCCCGAUGCUAGUCUGACCUGAUAAGACCUAGGACUUUUGUCGUCGAGAGAUU